AACUAAUCCAGAUAUUAACAAUAUGUAAUGAACUGAAAAGUAAGGAUGCCUAAGAAACUAAAGCUUGGCGUCUCUGCAGCAUGGUCUUCAGACUCCUCGGGUUGGGGAGUGCCUUCUUCAACCGUUCCCACCGAUAACUGGGGUGGAUGGGCUGACACGUGGGGUAACUCGUCAGGAGAUAUCUGGGACAGUGUAGCUUCAGAGCCUGCUGCUGCUGACCCGCCCCCUGAUUGGGGUUAUGACGACGGCUGGUCUGGCCCUGCGCCAGAUUUCCAGGCUAUGGAUCUUUUUCCGUCUUUAGCCGCGAACAAGCAGGGUCCAAAACGUGGGAAAGGAUUCGGCAGUCAGCCCCAAAGGCCGAAACCUGCAGACUUUUCAGCUGUGCUUGGAACUAAAGUUAGUAAGGAUCGUAGUGGUGACAAAGGGAUGAGCGGCAGACAGAGAAACAGAACUGACAGUCAGGACGGGAAGAGCUGGAUCCAAAACAGCGUUGACAUAAAUAAAAACCGGUCUUCUCUAGAAAAGCCUAUCAGUUCAAAUAAUUCUAUCAGUCAACCCCAAUCUAUCUCUUAUCUAAAGCAGGCUACAAAGCAGCCUACCCAAUCUUUAGAAGAUAUUCUUUAUACUCCCAAGCAGGAACCUGCCCCUUGGGGACCCCCUCCUAAAGUAGUCAAUAAACCUAAACCUCAGUCGGUCAAAGAUGUAUCGAAUAAUCCUCAAAAUACCGGUAAACCUUUGUCAGUGAACACUGAUGUGGAUUCAGGGAAACAUGAUACAAAUUCAAAUGUAAUGCGUCCAAUGAAACCUUGGUUUUUGGAGGAGCCUCCAAUUUCAACUGACAGUAUUUUCAACAGUUCAUCAAAUGUGAAAUCGGAUGUAUCAAAAUCACCAGUGCAAGAACAGGUUGUUCAAAAAUCGAACACGGUCGUAAAACCUCAAGCUGAAGCGACCCCAGUUGCAGCUAAAAAACCAAUUUACAAUCAGUUGCGAGAACAGUUGCAAAAGGUUAGCAGCUUAGGAAAGCCUCUGGUUUACAUUAUUCAGAAUGGUAAUAUUACUGUGGAAUUUGCUGAUUGAUAAAACAGAGAGUUGUUUUGACAAUUAUUCUGUGAUCAUUGCUAUUUUCUUCUGCAACUUGCCAGCUGUGUAAAGUUUUCAUUGAUAUUUUGCAGAGCUUUUAAAUUGCGCCAAACCAUACGAUUUUAUGUAAUAACCCCAAAAUACCCAUUUUACCUCAAAUUCCCA